CUUCAGGAGGGCCUCAAGCCAGAAGUUCCUUUUUCAUGACCUGCUAAAUGUGGUCAACAGUGUCAGCAGUUCUGAGGAUAUCAAGCCCUUACCCGGGCUUCCUGGGCUUGGAAACAUGAAUUACCCAUCUACCAGCCCUGGGUCUCUGGUGAAACACAUCUGCGCCAUCUGUGGGGACAGAUCCUCAGGAAAGCACUACGGGGUAUACAGCUGUGAGGGUUGCAAAGGGUUCUUCAAGAGAACCAUAAGGAAAGAUCUGAUCUACACCUGUCGGGAUAAUAAAGAUUGCCUCAUUGACAAGCGCCAGCGCAACCGCUGCCAAUACUGUCGCUAUCAGAAGUGCCUUGUCAUGGGCAUGAAGCGGGAAGCGGUACAAGAAGAAAGACAGAGGAGCCGGGAGCGAGCUGAGAGUGAGGCAGAAUGUACCAGUGGUGGCCAUGAAGACAUGCCUGUGGAGAGGAUUCUAGAAGCUGAACUUGCAGUGGAACCAAAGACAGAAUCCUAUGGAGACAUGAACAUGGAGAACUCAACAAAUGACCCUGUUACCAACAUAUGCCAUGCUGCUGAUAAGCAGCUUUUCACCCUUGUUGAAUGGGCCAAGCGCAUUCCUCAUUUCUCUGACCUCACCUUGGAGGACCAGGUUAUUCUGCUACGGGCAGGGUGGAAUGAACUGCUGAUUGCCUCCUUCUCCCACCGCUCAGUCUCUGUGCAGGAUGGCAUCCUGCUGGCCACAGGUCUCCAUGUCCAUCGAAGCAGUGCUCACAGCGCUGGAGUGGGCUCCAUCUUUGACAGAGUUCUAACUGAGCUGGUUUCCAAGAUGAAAGACAUGCAGAUGGAUAAGUCGGAGCUGGGCUGCCUGCGAGCCAUCGUGCUGUUUAACCCAGAUGCCAAGGGUCUAUCCAACCCUUCAGAGGUGGAGACUCUGCGGGAGAAGGUUUACGCCACCCUGGAAGCCUACACCAAGCAGAAGUAUCCAGAACAACCAGGCAGGUUUGCCAAGCUGCUGUUGCGCCUUCCUGCUCUGCGCUCCAUUGGUCUGAAAUGCCUGGAACACCUCUUCUUCUUCAAGCUCAUUGGGGACACCCCCAUCGAUACCUUCCUCAUGGAGAUGCUGGAGACCCCGCUGCAGAUCACCUGAACCCCACCAGUCACAGCCUCCUCACUGGGGAUGUCCCCUGCAGAUGCGUGUGGAGCCCACCCUGCACAUCCC